AUGACAACGUUUGCUGAUUUCCUGGAUCGUGCUUCACUGAUUAAUGGCAUCAUAACGGUCCCCAGCAAAGAUACUACUGACUUGCGAAAAAUGCUGGGAAUUUUCAUUACGGAAAUUCUGACGAAAGCAGCAGCUGAACGAGAUGGCGCAAAAAUUGCUGUUUCUGUGGCACCACUGCUAGCAGAAUUAGAAGAUAUCGAUUGGUCAAAAGUACGCAUAUUUGUUGCUGAUGAACGAAUGGUACCAAUUAAUGACAUUGAAUCGAACACAGGCGCUUAUAUAAAUACCCUGCCGGAGACUUUCAGCAAGUCCUUCUUCCACUAUGGGCCAAUCGAUAACGGUAUGUUUUUGUUAUGUGUUUAA